AUGGCGCAUACGGGUGGAGGCGCACGCGCCCGCACGUGGGCGCGCGUGCGUAACCUCACUUACAUGGUGACACGAAGGGAAAAAAUGAAGAGAUCUGUUUGCAAGGUUCAAGAGCAGAUAUUUAAUGUCUACACGAAGCAGUUGGAACAAGAAAGCGUUUCAGGUGUGCCUUCCUCCUUCUCCUCAAUGGAAAACCCGGUGUUGUUCAAUAGUCCUUCGCUGGGCCCCAACGCCCCCAAGAUAGAGGACUUGAAAUGGCAUUCGGCGUUCUUCAGGAAACAAAUGGGCACGUCCCUGACCCGCUCUUUGAAAAAGCCACACAAGAGAGACAGAGUAAGAACCAGCUCCGGGAACGACGGCAAAUCCGCCCUGCGGCAGCCCAGCCACAGGGAAGGUGCCGCGGCUCCAGGGAGCUUCUUCCAGUUGGACAAGACCUUUGCAGAAACACGGAUUGUAUCGGCACAGCAGAAGAACGGCACAGUUAUACCCGACCACAGAAAAAGAAGAGACAAUCGUCCCCAGUGCGAGGUGGCGAAGGCAGAACUGAAGGAAAAGCCUUCGAAACACAACCACAAACCCCUGAGACCCACAGAACUUUCUCAGAGGCAGUCGGAAAACAAAAGGGCUGUGAACCACUCCGGUGGUAGGUCAGCGCCUGGCACGCGGCGGGAUAUAGUGCCUAAAUGCAACGGGGAUCUUGUCAAAGUAAACUCUAACCAGACAGUAGUUAAAGUGCCUACGACGCCCACCAGCCCAGUGAAAAACUGGGGCGGAUUCCGAAUUCCAAAGAAGGGGGAGAGGCAACAGCAGGGCGAGAGCGCGGAAGAGACCUGCCGCCAGAACUCCGGCUACCCCUACCUGGGCGUGGGCAGAGUUUCCCCAAAGGACAGGGCGAAACGCAAGCUGAAGCCUGACAGCGAGAACGAUGGGUACGUCCCUGAUGCCGAAAUGAGCGACUCGGAGACGGAAGUGCCUGGGAAGAAGUGCAGGCAGCAGAGGCUCAGCCCCAACAGCAGCAUCAGCAGGCGGACGGACAUUAUUAGGAGGAGCAUCCUGGCAUCCUGA